CAUGCACCUUACCGAAAUGCAUGCCCUUUAGAGCCUACCCUUCACCAAGGGAUUGCAGCUAUGGGUUGAUGAUAAUGUUGCGCAAAAGGUGCUGCCUAAUAUCACCUUGACGACCUUAUGAUGGGGCUACCGCUGCCUAAACCCCUCCUUCGUUGGACACGCUCCUCUCAAGCUUUUGUCACCGCCCCUCCUCAACACGUCAAUUACUUUUGACAGCCCGCGUUCCGACUCUAGUUCCCUCGUUCCGAGCAUCUCUAACAACCAUCCGAACAACCAUGAUGGACAACAACGCAACAGCUAGCAACAGCUCCGCCAAGCAGCCCGUGGUUGCCGUAUUCUGCGGCUCUUCCAAUGGCACAUCGCCGGUCCACAUGGAAGCAGCGAGGCAGCUUGCGCAUGCCCUCCACAAAGCCAACACCAAAGUCGUAUAUGGCGGCGGCACUGUCGGCCUCAUGGGCGAGGUAGCACGAACCCUCGUCUCGCUUUCCGGCCCUGACUCAGUUCACGGCAUCAUCCCCGCCGCCCUCACUCAAUUCGAGCAGCACAACGACCUUGCCAAGUCUGACGGCCACUCUAUCGACGCGGACAAAUACGGACGCACUACUGUCGUCAAGGACAUGCACACGCGAAAGCAGAUGAUGGCUCAGGAAGUUGUCAAGGGUGGACCAGGCGGCGGCUUCGUUGCUCUGCCUGGCGGCUACGGAACAUUCGAGGAGCUGAUGGAGAUCACCACCUGGAACCAACUGGGCAUCCACGACAUGCCUGUCAUCGUAUACAACGUGGACAGCUACUGGAGUGGUCUCAUCGAAUGGGUCAAGAACGCUGUGAGCAGCGGCUUCGUUGCGCCUACCAACGCUGGUAUUAUCUCUGAGGCUCUUAGCGCUGACGAGGUGGUGACAUGUCUGAACGAGUAUCAGAGUGCGCCUGGACGCUUCAACUUGACCUGGGAGGAGCAGUAGAGAGUAUGUAAUGCAAGGUUACGGACAGGCUCGAAAACUCCACUUUUCGAUUGUGAACAAUGGUGCAAGGCACAUCGGCAGUAGGCGAUUAGAAAGCAUUUCGCAGAUGGGAUCUGUAUCAGUAAAUACAUCCGUGUAGAUUGUGCUGACCUUUCGCGCUGUAGUCUAGUCUAAUCGUCCUCUUGCUAAGCGUAUUAGCGUAUCCGAACACCCUGACCGUAUAGUGGGAUACCCUCCGACAAUCCCUAUAAGCUGACGACAUCUUCUGCAAAACU